CCUAAUUCCAUUCAUGUAUAGGAUGUUAAAGCAUGCACUAUAUAAAAGUAAAUUAUUCAGUGUUGAUACUUAAUAACAUAAAUGGCAUUCUUGCAGAUCUUUGACACCUGCAAGGGUGUUAUGUUUCUCACUGCAGCAGACUGCAUAAUAAAGGUCCUGGUGGCCAUCAGAAAUUCAUUGGUGUUAGCGUGUUGGAGAUCAUACUUAUGCAGAGUUCAGCAAACAUUGCAGGCAAAAGAUUGGUGUGUGUGGUCC